UACGCGAUGGCCGCUCUCUCAACAAUAUAGGGAUUUUAAAGAGAAAACAAUGGCUUCGCUGCUAGGAGAAGCGUGUUGUUGUCUGGAUUAACUACCGGAAUGAUAGCGGCAUCGUAUUAGCUCGUCAGUUUUGCUUUAGCGCCGGGUCGGAGAUGUCCCUUUUCUGUUAGAGGCUCAGUGUUUUCUUGUUCGUCUCCCGGGCCUGGUGGAUGUAGCUGCUACACUGCAGCGGCGGGCUGCUACUUUCGGAUGAGCGGGCAGUAGGUCUCGAAGAGUUGUAGGAUGGAUCCAGACGGUGGGGUAGAUUCACAAAAAGCUGUCAGUUUGCAGUGGAAGAGCUACAAACUCGUCCAGGACCCAGCCAUUCGACGGGUUGCACAGAAAAUCUACAGAUAUGAUGGAGUGCAUUUCAGUGUGCCAGACUCUGGAUUUCCUCCCGUGGGUGAUCUGCGGGACCCUAGACCUCGCAGACUAUGGUCCAGGUAUACAGAACUGUCCCUGCCAGUGCCAAAGUUUAAGCUUGAUGAGUUCUAUGUGGGUCCUAUACCUCUCAAGGAGGUGACCUUUGCUAGACUCAAUGACAAUAUCAAGGAGCCCUUCUUGGCAGAAAUGUGUGCCAAGUUUGGUGAGGUGGAGGAGAUGGAGAUCCUGUUUCACCCCAAGACCAGGAAGCACUUGGGCCUGGCCAGAGUGUUGUUUACCAGCACCAGAGGAGCAAAGGACACAGUCAAGCAGCUACACAACACUUCUGUCAUGGGUAACAUCAUUCAUGCUCAACUGGAUAUAAAAGGCCAGCAGAGGCAGAAGUAUUACGACCUGAUAGUAAACGGGUCCUACACUCCUCAGACUGUGCCCCUGGGAGGCAAGGCUUUGACAGACAGGCUCCAGCCUCAGGCCCCAUCACAGACACAGCCACCGCCACAGCCACCGCCACAGCCUGACACGUCAUCAGAAAUCAGGCGGCGGCUCUCUAGUGAGCUUGCGGUUUUGGCAGCAGGGGUCCAGGCCCUCACAUCAGGAAGCGCCACCCCUUGCUCUGGGGAUACUGGUUACAGUGAUCAACGUCUGGACACGCCCCCCUCUUCCAUGGCUGGCACCUUCACUCCAGGCUCCACUGCGUCAUCUCAGGGUGGUGGAGGAGGAACACCUUACAGCUCCAGAUCUGGGACUCCUUUCUCACAAGACUCGGGCUACACCGGCAGCAGGCAUACUGGCUACAACACCGGCACAUUAGGUAGCGGCUACCCUCCCCAGGAUAUGCUACCUUCCUCCUCCUCGUCUUCGGCAGUCUCAUCUACUGUCGGAGGAUACAAAGUGUCUCGCUACUCGGAGGAUGCACAGGAACCUUCAGUGUAUCACCGAGGUCGCCCUAUGUACCCCCCAACCACCUCAUACCGUCCCAACGAGCCGCCGUGCUACCCCCCAUACCCUAAUGUUGGAGGGCCUGGGCAACACAUGGCACACCACUCCUCAAUGCCUCCGCCACCUCUUGCCACCCAGUAUGAUCAGCCCCCACUGUCAGAAAGGGACCGUGACAGAGACUCAGGGGGGCGUUAUGGGGCAGCAGGGAUUGGCUCUAGAAGGUCAUCUUACCACCACCAGCAAGACACAAACUCUUCCACAAAGUACCAUUCACAUCACUCUCAUCACCACUCAGAUCGCAGGGAUGACAGGGUGUACCGGCGAGACAGCCUGGGCUCCCGAUCAGGUGACCACAGCCACCAGAGACACCGCAACCACCACCAUUCUCACAACCACCAUGGCAGCAGCAGCAGCCGCAGAAGAAGCAGCCAUGACCGGGACAGGGACCGAGACAGAGAUCGAGAUAGAGACCGGGACAGAGACAGUGACUACUCCAACAGCUCUGACCCCAGAUACAAUUCUAACUCCUACCGCUCUUCCUCUAACAGCAUGUCUCCUCCCCCCUCAUCUUAUUCUGCAUACUCCUCCAAAGAGUCUGCCCCAGCCCCUUCUCAGGGAUUGGAUGCUUCUAACCGUCUUGGGGGCACAAGCCUCGCAGAGAGGGGCUCUCUGCCUUCAGUUGGUGCUGACAAAGACUACCACCCAAGUCACCACAGUGCUCUACCUCCGCCUCCACCUCCUCCUGCGCCAUCUCCCCUCCCACCAGCCUCAGUCAUCGCAGCAGCUGUAGCUGAGACACUUGGAACACUGGACUUCAACCAGGAUAGUCCAGCUCGCGAAGAGCAGUGGUCAAAGCCCAAACGUUGCCCCAGCACCCCACCCGCACCGCCGAAGACGCCCCCGCCUUCCUCCCCGCCCCGCCCCUCCAUCGCUUCCUCCUCUACUUCCCCUUCCUCUACCUCCCUCCCCCAUCAUCUUCCCUCCUCCUCCAGUUCCCCACCGCCCCCUCAACGUGACUCCUCCUCCCCAGAGCCAGAUUCCACAAAUGAGAGUUUACCGUUUGUCUACCACAGCAGCAGCCUUGACUCUCGUAUUGAGAUGCUCCUAAAGGAACAAAAGGCUAAGUUUUCUUUCCUUGCCUCUGAUGAGGAAGAUGAGGAAGAUAGGAAAGAGGAAAAGCAGAGGGGCAUACGUGGGGAUGGAGGAGAGCGAAGAGGUGGGUCAGGUGAUGUAACAGGGGAGCACACAAGUGGUAAUCAGGUGGGAGACAAUGGGGAGAAGGACCCCAGGAGGAAAGGGGAAAGAGAUAGAGAUGUCCACAGAGGAAGAAAACGAGGAAAGGGGGGAGAAGGUAGGAAGAGUCCCACUGUACCUACAGCAACCAUACCAUCCUCUUCUACCUACUCUUCCCACAUCCUGCCCCCAGAGGAACCCCAGCUCCAAGUUGGCCUCACUGGGACUGGAGCUUUACAGGAGGAAUCUUUACAGGCUGGAUCUGCUGAUACAAUGAGCAGGAAAGGAGCACACACACCACCUUACAAUGGACAGAGUCAGUCCUCCCCUCAUUCCUCAGGUGAAGACAUGGAGAUCUCAGAGGAGGAGGAGGAGGAGACUACCAUUACGACGGUGACCACUCACCAACCCUCGGUCACCUCAGGUUCCUCACCCUCUUCAUCCCAGGCUGCCAUGCCUUCACAAAAAACGGACCCUUCAUCCUCGCCCCCACCCAUCUCUGACUCUGCACAGCACUUUGGCACCUCCAUACACCCUCCCAUACCUUCCUACCCUCCUCAUUUGCCUCCUCCACCUCCCCCUGGUUACUCCCUCCAGCCCCCACCACCCCCUGGGAUCCCCCCGCUACAGCACAUGGAGCUGCAUCCCGAGUAUCCUCCUCCCAUGCCCCUUCACAUGUAUGACUAUACCACGUCCAUGGAGCUGAUGAACCAGUACAGCGGUGGAGCUCCUAUGUCUUUCCAAAUGCAGACCCACAUGCUAAGUCGCCUUCACCAACUGCGUAUGUCGUCAUCCAACGGCACGCCAGGCCCUGGUGAGGCAGCCACUGCAGACUACACCUCCUACCAUCUCCACUCUAUGCCCCCACCCCACACACACCACCCCUACAUGGACCAAGAAGGGAGCGGGGCAGGCGCUCAUUAUGACCAGGACCACCGCUACAUGCCCCCCCACAUGCCCUACCCCUACCCUGACCCCCACAGCACUCAGAUACCACCCCCUCCACACCAUGGUAUCCCGCCUCCCCACACUGGCUGGCCACCACACAUCUUACAGCCACACUACCCCUCCUUCAUGCCCCCACCCGGCUAUGGCACCAUGCUGCCUGGGGAGGAAGAGUACAGGGCUUCAGGGCAGGAGAUGCCCAUGUUGGCUGAAAAUCCACAUGAAGCCACAGUGCAGAUGGCCAUGGCCACUCUAAUCCAGGAAAUGAAAAACAUCAUGCAGAGGGACCUGAACCGCAAAAUGGUGGAGAAUGUUGCCUUUGCAACUUUUGAUGAGUGGUGGGAGAGGAAAGAGACCAAGGCCAAGCCUUUCCAGACAAUGGUUAGAGGAAUGUCUGCCUUACGGGAUGAUGAGAAAAAAGAGGAAAAGGUCAACCGUCCUCGGGAGCCUCUCACGUCUCUUGUGGAUUGGGCAAAGAGUGGUGGCAUGGAGGGAUUGUCUCUCCGAGGAGCACUACGACUGCCUUCCUUCAAGGUAAAGAGGAAAGAACCUCAGGAGCUUGACCAGGGAGACAUGAAAAGGCCGCGACCCUCGACCCCACCAGACGAGGAUGACGAAGCUGCUGAGGGGAGAAUGCCAGAGGUAAAAAGACAUGGAGCUGAGCGGGACAACAAAAGGAGGAAAAAGAGGCCAAGAAAUCGUAAACCUUGGGAGCUUGGCAGUGAGGGAGAGGAAACUUCUGAUGGCUCCUCAACUGAAAAGGAGGAUGAGGAGGAUGAAGAAAGUGAAAAGGACUCUGAUGAUGAUGCCCUUAGUGUCGAUAGUGAUGAUGAGAGCCUCUCCUCGUCCUCUGAGGGUUCUUCCUCUUCAGCAUCCUCAUCUUCAUCUUCCUCUGAAGAUGAGGAUGAAGAGGAAGGAGAGAUGGUUGAGAGUGAAGGGCCAGACUCCAUGGACGAGUCAACCAUGGACAGCACAACUGAGAAACAUGGCAGGGAAAAUGACGCAGAUGUUGUUUCAAAGGCAGAGGUUAAAACAGGUGAAGCCAAGGACAGCAAGGCAGAUACACCAGCACCUACCAAGCGACCUCCAUCGCCGCCAUACCCGCGUCCUUCGUCCCCUAUUGUUCUUGUGCCCCCUCUCAAGAAACGCAGGAAGACGGUCUCGUUCUCCACAGGCGAGAAUGACGGAAAAACGCAGCUGCCGACUGCACCGCUAUCUCCAUCUCCCUCACAGCUGGCGGGUGAAUCUCCUCUUCUCUCCCCUGGCAGGCCCCCAGACUCCCCAGUCAAUUCUUCCCUGUCCCCCUUGGCUCGUCCCUCUCACGGCAUCCAACUGCUCCCCUUUGCCUCCAAACCAGGGGAAGGCAAUGCCCUCAUCGUGCCCCCAUCUGGACGAACCCAAGAUUCUGAUGAGUCCAAAAAGGGACCACCUGUUUCUCCUCAGACCACCCUUGUCAAAUCCCCUGGAAAACGGGGUGCAGGUAAAGACUCCCCCAAAUCUCCCAUCCCACCUGUUAUGGUGUGCCGCACUGUGCAGAACCUGCCAUUGGACCAUGCCUCUAUGUGCAGGAUGGCCUUCGAGGAGGCCCCUCCUCCUCCUCCUGUCAACAAACGGUCCAGAGGCAGACCUCGGACGACCAGCUUGUCUGCUGCCUCCUGUCAUUCCCUCAGAGAGGAAGACGAGGAUGAGGAAGAAUUUGAGCAGAGGUUGAGACUCAGAGAGCAGCUAGGGGCAUCAAGCCUCCUGCAGCUAGCCUCCGCUUCAGCCACUGACCUGUCUGUGUUGGCUGAUAUAGCCUUGAAAAUGGAUCCUGAUGCUGGGGACUCAGAGGAGACAGAGACAUCUGAUGAGGCAGAAGAGCAGAAGAUGGAAGAGGAUCUCUUCUCCUCAGAGUCACUGGCCCUGGUUAUAAGCCCAGAGGGUGUAAUUGUCCUUAUGGAGCACAACUACUGCAAACCCCCUGUUCUCCCAGUACCGUCAGGUACCAAAAGGACUUCCUCCAAACAAGACCCUUCUGUCUUGCUCCCAGCAGACCUCAACACUAUUUCUGGGGUGCUUGAAGCGCCAGAGGAGGUCAUUGGAGAAGGGCAACCACCCAGAGGAGAGACACGAGAAUACAUGGGGGGAGUGCUUUGUGAGUCUGAAGAUGCGGGCCAGGCUGCAGCUCUACCUCCAUCGUCAAAGAAGAAGAUCGCGGUUGGCAAAGGUUUCGAACUUGAAAAGGACAAGAGCAAAAAGAGAAGAAGAAAAGACAAAGAAAACCUUGAGGUUCAUCACACAAAAAAACAGGAGGAGCAGCCGGGCAAGAAACAGAGGAAACGGAAACUAGAGGACUCUGAGGAAGAUGUGGACGUGGAGGAGCUUGAGUCUGGGGAGCUGUCCAGCUCAGACACAGAGGAUGAGGUAGUUGAAGACCUGAGGAAGAGUGAGCGCCUCUUUCUGCAGGAGGCAGGGAUAACAACAUCCCAGCGCGGGCCAAAACCUGUCCCAGCUUCCGAGCUACCAGCCAUUAAGUUUGACAACCGCAGUGAGUUUGAGCAGAUGACCAUCCUAUAUGACAUCUGGAACUCCGGUCUGGACAGCGAAGACUUGAGUUUGCUGAAGAAGACUUAUGAGAAGCUGCUGCAGGACAACCACAGCUCUGACUGGCUCAAUGAUACUCACUGGGUCAACCACACUAUAACCAAUUUGCCGAACGCUCGGCGUAGUAAGAAGAAGAACACAGGUGGACAGCUUCGUGAGCAUGUAACCGGUUGUGCCAGGAGUGAGGGCUACUAUGCCAUCAGCCGCAAGGAGAAGGACGCCUAUCUAGACCUGGACCUGCCCGAGCAGGUCAUACGGGAGGUGGAGAAUGUCGACCUCUCAGGAGCUAACCGGGUGCUAUCAGAAAGACGUUCAGAGCAGCGCCGCCUCCUCACUGUCAUCGGCACCACGGCUGUCAUGGACUCUGACCUGCUCAAACUCAACCAGCUUAAGUACCGCAAGAAGAGGCUUCGUUUUGGACGCAGCAGGAUCCACGAGUGGGGCCUGUUUGCCAUGGAGCCUAUUGCUGCUGAUGAGAUGGUCAUUGAGUAUGUGGGUCAAAACAUCAGACAGAUGGUGGCUGACAAUCGAGAGAAGCGGUACGCACAGCAGGGCAUCGGGAGCAGCUACUUAUUCAGAGUGGACCACGACACAAUUAUUGAUGCCACCAAGUGUGGAAACCUGGCACGAUUCAUCAACCACUGCUGCACUCCAAACUGCUACGCCAAGGUUAUCACCAUAGAGUCCCAGAAAAAGAUUGUGAUCUACUCGAAGCAGGCCAUUGCCGUCAAUGAAGAGAUAACGUACGACUACAAAUUCCCCCUAGAGGAGAAUAAGAUUCCUUGCCUGUGUGGAACAGAGAACUGCCGUGGGACACUGAACUAGUGGAUGUGCUUCUCUUCGUCACUUGGCAACAGACAGCCAGAGUUCACCCUCCUCAGAGUGUACCCCCCUGUCCCCGUCCUCACAAUACCUAUGAAACAGAGACACACACACUUGCACUUUUCAUACACACUUUUCAUUCACUUGGCAGUUUCACAAGCCAGUGUGUGAGAGGUUUGUGUCACCUGGCAUGUGAAUACUAUGAGUGGGGGCCUCUGCAUCAGCAUUAGCUCUUCUGUGGCAGUAUUUGUGGAUUGAUUAUUAAUAUGUUUUGUGCAGCCAGGCACGAAGAGCUUUCUAUUUCCAUGCCAAUAUCCGUUUGAAGGAAGACAAUAAAAACUGAAAAGAACACCAGUAUUAUACGUCAAUAGCGUUCCUGGAUCACUCUUCCAGUGUCAAAUCCCUCCCUGCACCACCACCCAUCCACACAGAUCCGCACACAGACGCACAGGAAUAUCUGACAAAUUCAGGGUUUUUAAAUGCGCUUGUUAAGGGUGCACUUUUAAGAUGACAAACUUCAACAUUAAUUUGGUCUUCAGUUAUGCAAGAUUUCCAAGUGUGAAGAUUGUUUUGGAGCUUUUUUUAUUUCAAUUCAUAGUAUUAUAUAAUAAUAUUACUAUUGCUGUUAUUAAUGGUAUUGUUAUUUAGUUGCAUUAGCUGUAAGUAUCUUACAGUGAAAUGAGCUUUAGUGUACCCACCCAACUGUCCUUAGUGGCUUGUGAUUCACCAGCUCCAUAAAACUCAUUUCAUUUUCAGUCAUUUCUCUUCUCUGCUGUGCGUUACUCUCCUGAUUUGCCACAACCUCCUGUUUGAAUGGGAGUUAAGUCCUUUUGAACUAUUAUUUUUAACCCACCCUGAAAUAUGUUAGGUUGUAGCUAGGUGUUUUAUUUUUACAUGGCUGCUGAAUUUUUGUCUGCAGGAACAGCAAAACAGAGAAUUGGCCUGUGUUUUUUCUUUUCUUUUUUCCCCAAAAUUAAAGCUAUGUUAGCAAAUGUUCUUGUGAUGAGAACUUCUUUAAGUGUUUGUUUUGUAGGAUCUCUCCUUCGGUUUGUCUGUGUUUAGUUCCAUGGGAGCAAAUGUUGACUAUUCCUAAUUCAGCAGUUUGCAAACUGCAAGUUCUUUUUCUUUAGCUUUUAAAGCAAUGAUUUCCACCAAACUCAUGCAGGUCUUAAUAAACGUGUGGUCAGUGUUUAACUUAGUCAAUCUGUGUGCUACACAUGUUUUUAAAAGGCGCAUUUAUUUUUAUUUUGGUCUUUUUUUCCCCUGUUUUGUUGGCCUUUCCAGAAUCCAUUAGUAUGUAUUUUAUUUGAAUGUGGAGUUGUUCGCCCCAUACAAAACAUCCCUCCCUGAAAAAUGCAUUGGCUUAAUGCAAACACAUGUCCUGCUUACGAUCUGUUUGCAGUGUAGGUGGGUGGAAGGCAUAUAUAGAUGCACCACAGCGGGUUUGUGAUAAGCUGCAGACAGCAGGAUGUAUAUGGCCCGUGUUUUGUGUCUCUGUUUUUCAUGUGGCUAUGGCCGUCCAAAGUUUAACCGCUAUUUUGAACUUUUAACUAGCAGAAGACUUGUUAUUUUGUUGUCUCCCAAACUGUACGGAAAAUGUGUACGAUAUUUCUUGUUUCAAUGAAAGCCUUUCAGUACAAACCAACCCUCUUUACUACAGGAUGAAAGGUGAAAAAAAAAUCAAAGAAGUACAUGUAAAUAUUGUAGAGGUGUUUGUUUCUCGUAGAAACACACAGAUUUCAAGCUGUAAAUAUGUUGUUCCUUGUCCUCUCUCCAUGAGGAGGAAACAUGUACAUACCUUCCAUUCAUUUAUUUUUUAAUGUUUUUCCUUUUAAUUUGAUUAUUUUAAUAUUAUUUGCAAUAUUUCUCUUGUAUUAAUGCGUUGGACCCUUUAUUAAUGGUGCAUUAAAAUAUUUUUU